GUGAACUGAUUUCUUAAAGAUGUCAUGAAAAUUACAAUUUUUCAUGCAUCAAAUGAAAAAUAAAACAACAGUAUUUCUAAUUGUGUAAAAAUAAUGUUGAAACAAGCUUUCCAGAUUGUGAAUCUUCAUGUUACCAUCUUCAUCAUUUGGAAUUUUACAAUAUGUGAAUGUUCCUCAAAAGUGACAUACGAAGGGAGGAAGUACGUAGCAGAAGGAUCUUCUUUUAGUAUAUUCUGUAUAAAAUCCUCCUACGGAGUUCCCAAAUGGACGAGAAACGGACUCUCAGUGGACACUUUGGGUCCAGAUUUCAGUGUGAUAGAAGAAAACUUACCUGAUGACGGCGUGCGGAUGGAACUGAGAGUGAAGAUGGCGCUCUGGAAACACAGAGGGUAUUACAAAUGUGACCCUUUGAGCCAGAGGUCACAUGAGAUUGAAAUAGUGCCCUCUAGAGAGGGCGACGAGGAAAUGCAAGGCCAGCCAAGAGUUCAAUUGAAGCCACACAGGACGAUAAAACUUGUUUGUGAGCAAGAAGAAAAUGCAGUGUUUCCUAUAAAUUGGUACAAAGAUGGAAGCAGACUUCUUGAAGAGAAGGAAAACACCCGAAUUCGUAUGCAGGGGCGCACCCUAAUAAUUUCGAAAGCCACGGAGGCCGAUGCCGGAGAGUACACCUGCGUGAUCGAGAUGGCGGGGCUGUCCUAUCCUUUCGCGGAUCACCUGGGAAGCCGCAUCAAGGUCACAUAUCCAGCUCGUGUAGAGAAGUUUUCUCGCCAGAUCCGCCCCAUCUUGAACAGAAAUAUGAGCCUGGAAUGCAAAGUCCAAGGUUUCCCAGCGCCCAGAGUCUCUUGGUUUAUAGAUGGUUUUCCUAUCGAAGAAUUUCGCUUGAAUGAUAGCAGAUACGACACUGUGGACAACCCCCAAGGAAUGCCAGGUUCUGUUCUCUUCAUCCAAGACGUCGGCUACGAUGACAACCGACAAAUCACUUGCAUAGCAGACAACAUUGACGGGUCGGACGAGACAUUGGCGCAGCUGGCCGUCAGAGAAAGUGCUAUAAUUACUAAUGAAGAAGAUCAAGGAGAAGGAGUUAUUUUAACACCAGGACAAACACUAGUUUUACAAUGUAAUAAUACAGAUGAUACUUCUGCUAAAAUACAAUGGUUAAAGAAUGGUUUGCCAUUAAAUGUAACUGAUGAACGAAUUACAGAUGAAGUAUCUAAUAAUUCACUUAUUAUUAAAAAUGCACUUGAAUCUGAUUGUGGAAACUAUACUUGCAAGUCAGCUAGUCAGGAAGCUAUAAUUCCAGUUAGAAGUAUAGUAAAGAUAGCUCCUGUAGAUUCCUCACGUAAUGUUGUUCAAAAUCAGAAUAUAGUAUUAUUGUGCAAUGUUACUCAGGGAACUCCACUACCAACAAUUCAGUGGCGUAAAGAUAAAGAUAACCUGAAUAUGUCAGAUCCCAGGAUCACUGUCAAAACUGAUCCUCGAGGAGUGGAAGGUACAGAAAUCGUAAUAAGUGAUGCUAGAUUUGAAGAUAGAGCCCAGUAUACUUGCAUUGUAACAAAUGAGAUCAGUUCAGCCAAUGCUACAAUUUUAGUGAGAGUUAAAGAUAAAUAUGCUGCUUUAUGGCCCUUCUUGGGUAUCUGUGCAGAAGUUGCUGUACUUUGCACGAUUAUUUUCAUAUAUGAGAAACGAAGGCAGAAGCCUGAUUUUGAUGAAUCUGAAACUGAACAUAAUACUGAGAACAAAAGUGUAGCCGAUCAAGAUGAAAAGAACCGUGAUGUUCGCCAUCGCAAGUAGCUGAAUUUCCAUUGAAUUUGUUUUGAACAUAUUGUUAUAUUUUUUUAGUCCUUCAAAUUUUAUUUUGUUCUUGCUUUCUUCUUAUUGUAGCUAUUUUUGUUUUGUAUUUAUAUGCAUAUUUAGUUCUAAGUUAUUUAAAAUUUUAUUUUGUAAAACUGUAACAUGAUCGAAGAACCAUUAAAUAUUUUGCUUGCAUUUUUUUAAAAAAAAUAUAUUGAAAAUUAUUCUUGUGUGUCUUUAAAAUUUUCAAGCCCUAAAUAAGCAUGGGUUUUUAUGAAAGACUGUAAUUUUUCUUGGAUGGUACUUACUGAAGACUUCUUGUGUGGAAACUAAGUCAUAAUAUUCAUUUUUAAGUAUCAGUUCUUAAUUAUGGUGUUGCAAUAAAUGGAGUUAUUUGUAAAUAGUGUAUUUUAUUAUCAUUAUUAUUUUUUAUUGAGCUUAUAUUUUUGUGGCAAAUGUUUUGCUCAUUUCAAAUUGCAAUAAAUGAUUUUCAUUUUCUUAUUCGA